CAGGGGGCGGGGCGCAGCGAGUGCACGCGGGCGCCGGCGCGGCGCAGCUCAGGGUCGCCAUGGCGGAGGUGCAGCAACUUCGAGUGCAGGAGGCUGUGGACGCCAUGGUGAAAAGUGUCGAGAGAGAGAACAUCCGGAAGAUGCAGGGCCUCAUGUUCCGGUGUAGCGCCAACUGCUGUGAGGACAACCAGGCAUCAAUGCAGCAGGUGCACCAAUGCAUCGAGCGCUGCCAUGCGCCUUUGGCUCAAGCUCAGGCCUUGGUGACCAGUGAGCUGGAAAGGUUCCAGGACCGCCUGGCCCGGUGCACCAUGCAUUGCAACGACAAAGCCAAAGACUCGAUAGACGCAGGAAAUAAGGAGCUGCAGGUGAAGCGACAGCUGGACAGCUGUGUGGCCAAGUGUGUGGAUGACCACAUGCACCUCAUCCCAACAAUGACCAAAAAGAUGAAGGAGUCUCUGUCAUCCAUCGGGAAAUAAAACUGUUUACCAGUGAGCGUGGGGCUGAGGGCACGCCAUUUACAAGGAAGAACGGAAGUUUAGCAGUGUUUAUAUAAGCAAUGUUUAUGAAUGAGGGAAAUUCAGGACUCAGCAAGUUCCAGGCAAAUGCCACUCACCUCUGCACACCAGCUCCUUUGCAUCUGGAUCUUAGAAGGUGAAGUGGGAAGAAGCUGGUGCUAACAUUUGGAUCACAGCCAGCACAGGGGAGAAUUCUAGAUGUAAACUGUCGUGUGCCAGUGCUUGUUCUGGCAGUAGAGAUUGCCCUUAUACCAGGGCUUAGGUUCCCACUACAUAGACAUCUGAGCUGGCAGCUUUCUCCAACCUGCUGGUAACGUUUGAGAAGUGUGUCUCUUUGCCAAGCUCCUGUUCACCACACACACCUUGCACGUGCUCCGAAACAACACUCUGGGCCAGUCAUUUAGAGGGAGGAAAAGGUUUCCUCCUAGAUCUUUUCUGUUGUCUUACAUACAAGUGCACAAAUUGGGUUUAAGGUGCAGGAGGGAGGGGUUUGAAUAGUUUCUAAAGGUCCCUUGUAAGUUUUGGCCAUCGAGAUGGGAAGUCCGUUUCUUCAAAGUCUGUCGUUCUGGAAGCCCCUGAAGAAGCAGGGCAGUAUCAUCCUGUGCAUGGGAAACAGCUUCCUUCUCUGACUUCAUGGCAAAGUGACACACCCCCAUGAAGAGCACGGGAGUUGGAUUGUCAGUCACAUACCAGUAGCUGAGAAUAAACAGUCAAUAGGAACUGUUGAGAAGUACUAGGUUUGGGAAAACCUAAAUUUACAGAAUAAAAGUCCAAACCCAGUAUUACUCCCUCGGCCCCUUGAACUCACAGAGCCUUUUAGAGGUAAUUCUCUACGACAAGGAAGCCUAAAAGUAAGCAGCUUGGGCCAAGGGAAGCUGGGACCACUGUAGAGCUCCACGGGCACACCUAACAAACGCCAUUUUUGCCUGGGGCUUUGCAGUGCGGUGUUGCUGCCCCACCAUGGCACCUUCUCUUUUGGAUAAGCACUAUGUUGUAUUUAUAUCAAUUAAUUACUUGAAACUGAUAAUUCUUGUCAGUUUGCUGUCAAGCCUGUGAUCUAUUUUCCAAGUGGUUUUGUUUUUAAAUAAAGUUUCAUG